AUGAACCUUAAAGGAAAUGAAAGGCCCCAGAUAACAUUCGAUAAGUUUGAAACUAAACAUGAUGUUGUUAUGAUGGAUAGUUACACUGAGAAGAUUCUGCCCUUCAAGUAUUCACCUUCGUUUUUAGAAAAAACUAUAGCUCAUAAUGGUGAAAUUAGCAUAGGAUAUCUUCUUCAAAUUUCCGAUGAAAUUGCUUAUGUUACCGGGACUAAGCAUUUAGACGUUCCAUCUUGUUUACAUCGUGUAUCUUCUCAUAUUCUGACAGCUUCUGUUGAGAACUUUCACCUUAUACUCCCGGAUACUGUGCAAGAUAUAAGAAUAAGUGGCCAUGCUGUAAAUAUAGGCACAUCAAGCAUAGAAGUUCUUGUAAAUGCUGAGAUAAUCUCUUGUGCUGACAAUACUUUGGGAAUAAGAGCAAAACUCAAAGAUUUGACGGGGAAUUGCAUCACAGCUCCUACAUCAAAUACUGUCUUUAUUGCAAAGUUUAAUAUGGUGGCCGUUAAUAUUGAAACAGGAAAGCCUGCAAAAACAAACUCACUUAUUAGUACAAAUUCUAAAGAGAGAACAGCCCAAGAGCUUGCAAAUUUUCUGAAGAAUACAAGUUACAUUUCCAAUAAAGAUACAACAGUCAGUACAAAUGGUAGACCUGAGACAUCUAAAAGUGCCAGUAACCUUGAAGCGGAUGCAUUUGAUAAGAGAAAAAAUUCCAUGGGCGGAUACAAGUUAGUUAAGGAUACAACUCUUCAAAGUGCUUUCAUAGUAACACCACAGGAUCGCAGUGUUCUUGGAUACUUAUUUGGUGGAAAAACUCUAAGAUAUGUGUAUGAAAUUGCGUACAUCACAGCCCGUAUGUUUGUUGGAUCUAAUGUGAGAAUGUUCUCUUUGGAUGAAGCCAAGUUUCAUUCUAAAGUAAAUGUGGGCUCUACAAUUAAGCUCACUGCCCGGGUUAUUUAUUCAUCGGAAGAUGAUAACAUGUUCCAAGUCAAAGUGAUUUCCAACCUUUCUGAUUGUAACGGAACUUUUGGUAGUGCAGAGGCUAUGACAGCCAAUUUUACAUUUUUAAGCUUGGAUAAGAAAAUUAGAAAUGUGGUACCUAGGACGCUGAAGGAAAAUGAACUUUACAUUGAAGGUUUAGUUUUUGGAGAGACUAAAAAAUGCCACCGUGCUGGCCAAUAUAUAACAAACCGCCAAUUACGUCUUGCCCAGAAAGAUACGAAGGCAUGCUCUUGUACAGCUGCCUUAAAAAUCAUACAGCAUCUCGACAACCCCAAUGUUGUUACAUUUUGCCAAACAAAGGCACAUGUAAACCAUGUUCCUGGAGACUGGGACGAAGUCAGAACUUUUUCUUUGCCUUCUGAAGCCAUAAAGAUUAUUGAAGAUCAGUUGAAAGUGGCAGCAGCUGUAGAAAUGACUACUUUGUUAUAUAUGUUUGCUUCUGAUGAAAAUGCAUCUAUUUCCAUCUGGUUAAAUGUAAAGCUAGCAGAACAAAACUAUUGCAUUUUUGAAAUCAAUCUUUCUGUUUAUAAUGACGGUAAAAAACAAUUUGCCUUUGGAUUUCAAUCACCAAUGCAAGUUUCAAUCAUGAGAAUCUCGCAAUCUUUUUGUCUCGAUGCCACCCAUUCAAUUUCGUCCAGAAGCGACGAAGUAUUAUAUACUUUGGUCACUCGCCAUCCUCAAACAGGAAAGGGAUUCCCUGUUGCAUACAUGGUGACAAACAACCAGACAGCCAUACCCAUCAAACUUUGGCUUGACCACCUUCGCAUCAAGAGCAGCUUCGUACCAAUGAAUAUUACCAUUGACCGUAGCAUUAUGGAGGUUAAUGCAAUCAAAGAAGCAUUACCUGUUUCAGCGUAA